AUGAAACAGGAAGCGCUCGACCGAGAGAAGGCCCACGCCACCGAUGAUUAUCCAGACAACCCGGGUUCGCCGGAUGCAAGCUUAGAUCCCACCGCACAAGCCGGCAUGCAGCGGAUCGAUGCCGUUAGCGCUGCGUGGUCGAAAUGGUCGCUGUUAUGCGCCUACGCCGGCCUCGGCCUCUUGGCUUGCGCAACAUCUUUAGAGCAACAGACGGUCAAUCUCCUCAUGCCUUUCGCUACCUCGUCCUUUGGAGCGCACUCUCUGCUGUCUACUGUGUCAGUAGUGCAAGCCAUCGUCAACUCUAUCAUCAAACCACCAAUGGGUAAAAUUGCGGAUGCCUUCGGUCGCUUCGAAUCCUUCACUUUCGCAGUUGUGCUUUACACCAUCGGAUACAUCCAGCAGGCUGCGUCCAACAGCAUCAAUACCUAUGCUUCGGCCCAGAUCUUUUAUGCCGCAGGCUCUCAGGGCCUGCUGGUUCUGCAGCAGAUCUUCGUCGCUGAUACAACGGACCUACUGGACCGUGCCCUCUUCUCCACCAUUCCAGACCUUCCGUUCCUGGCGACUAUUUGGAUCGGACCGGAGGUUGCUGGAACCAUCCUGCCCAACUGGCGCUGGGGAUACGGCAUGUGGGCCAUCGUCCUGCCCGCUGCAUUUUCCCCCCUUGCUCUUUCUUUGUUGUUGUACCAGCGUAGGGCGAGCAAAAUGUCCAUUCUGCUACCCUCCCCGUUCAAGGGAAAAAAUGUCUUCUUUGUGCUCAAAUCCCUGUGGUAUGAGCUGGACUUUUUUGGCUUUCUGCUGCUCACUGCUGCAAUCUCUCUGGUCCUGAUACCUCUGACCAUCGCGACAAGGCAAAGCGACGGCUGGGAAAGCGGUAUGAUAGUUGCCAUGCUGGUUGUUGGCAACAUUUGUCUCGUCGGCUUCGUGUUGUGGGAAAGCAGUGAGAGGCUGGCUCCGAAAGCUUUUUUUCCACGAGACUUGUUCAAGGAUAGGACCGUCUUGGCGGGUACAUCCAUUGCCUUCUUCUACUUCAUGGCCUACUACUUGUCUGUAUACCCGUAUUACUCGAGCUAUCUGAUGAUUGUUCAGAACAAGGGCGUCAUAGCUGCCGGCCGCAUAACGCAGGCCUUCACCUUUGCCUCGACGGUGUCGUCGGUAGUCGUCUCGCUCGUUAUUCGGCUCACGGGCCGCUAUAAGUACUUUAUUACCUUUGGAGCCUGCAUAUACAUGAUGGGGCUGGGCCUCAUGUACCGAUAUCGCGUUGGGGGCGCAUCAACGGCGGCACUGGUGGGGUGCCAGAUCGUCACGGGCUUUGGAGGGGGCAUGCUCGUUGUGCCUGCUCAGUUGGGCGUCCAGGCAUCGGCGAGCCACGAGCAGGUUACGACGGCCACGGUGGUGUUCCUCACGAUGCUGGAGAUCGGCGGUGCGGUAGGCAACGCGAUUUCCGGCGCAAUCUGGACGAACAGCGUUCCCGGGAAGUUGGAAAGGCUCCUUCCGGAGGCCAUCAGGGACCAAGCGUCGCUAAUCUACGGGAACGUUACACUGGCGUCUACCGGGUGGGCCAUGGGCACGCCGGAGCGCAUGGCCAUCAACCGAGCGUACGACGAGAGCAUGCGCAUGCUUCUGACGGUGGCCGUGUGCGUGGCGGCGCCGCUCGUGCCGCUGAGCCUGGCGAUGAAAAACCAUCGCUUCGUCAAGGGGCAGGUAAUUGGCGCCGAGCCGGACGCGGGCCGCAGCGCAGGCGGUGUUGAUGCCGGCAGCGCAGCGGCGGGCACGCGUGCGCGGGGGCCCAGCGGGCUGCGGCGCUGA